AUGUCCUCCCUCCUCUCUGUCCUCAAAACCAAGCUCGGGGAGUACAUGCUCUCCCUCCCCGACGGCACCGCCGAAUACGAAGAUUACGAGGCCUGGGCGCAGGGGUUCGCCAAACGAGUGGCUGUAUUCGAUCGUUCGGCGCGUGGGCAGGAUGUGCCCGAACUCGCGGCCUGGGUCGCCGAGGCUGAGAGUGGCCUCGACCAUGUUGCCACCAACGACUGGCUUGCCUGGGGGUCGCGCAUUUUGCCGCAGCGUGCGGCGCGCUUUGCAGCGCAGAAACAGCAACAGGCGGCCGAAGAACAGGCCCUGGCAGAGGAGGCUGCGUGGGUCGCUGUCACCGAACGUGAGGCUGAGGAAGCCGAGGCGAUGCGGGCUGCCGCUGCCCGUCAGUUGGCCAAAGCAGAUCGUCGGCGGCGCCGGGAGGCUUUGGUGGAGGCCAUGUUCAAUGGGUCGCUUGAUCCUGAACAAGGUGAUCGUCAGCUGUCCGAGCUGGAGGCAGAGUCCGUCCUUCCCCUUCCUCUCUUUCUUCACUCUCCGUCUCCCUCCGCCGCCGCUUCCUCUUCUCGUCCUGUCCCGUCCGCCGACUCAUCCCAUCCCGACCCGUCCGCCGAUUCAUCCUAUCCCGACCCAUCCGCCGACUCGUCCUAUCCCGACCCGUCCGCCGACUCUGCGCUUGCAUCCGCAACCGAUGCCCUGGACCGAAUGAGCAUGGGUCUGGCCGCCGCCGCUGCCCCGACCGACGCGAAGGGCAAAAAGACGGCCGCGGCUGUUGUCGUCAAAUUCGCUCACCAACGGACACCACCUCUCGGACGCGUCGUCCUUCCUCUCGGCCCUGGAACGGGCCGAAUGUCGACGGUCAGGUCCCCUAUGGAGCGGAAUGGUGCCGGUAAAGUGCUCGAAGAUCCUCCAGAGUUGUUACCUGGUGAUGUACUGGCCGACUACGCAUGCCACCGCUGUGCGACCGCCUUCCAGACCAAGGUGUUCCGGGAUUUGAAGGGGUGUAGCUUCCAGCCCGGGUGGAUGCCGAUGGAGAAGGGGAAGGGGAAGUCGAAGGAGAAGGGGAAGGGGAAGUCGAAGGAGCAGUCGGCGCCGAAGGCGGAGGAGAGGGAACGCCCCUUAAAGCGUCGUAAAGUAGAGGUGGUUGUCCCCGUGCGGUCCGUCGGGGAUAGCAUCGCCCAAACGAAAGCCGCUCGCACCCGAAAGCCGGUCCAGCGGCUUCCUACCACGGCUAGGGCCGUCCUCGCUCCUACCCGCUCCCGUUCUGUCGCCGUCCCCGCCCUGUCCGACUCGUCUCGUUUGUCGCCGAUCGUUGCGCAAGGCAUCGCGUCCGAUCUUCGGUACCGGAUCGCUGUGGCGGAGGGUACGCGGGCUUCGUUGGCGCGGUCGAUCAAGAUGUGGCAGGCGGAGUUGGAGUCGCUCGAGGUGCAGGCGGGUCCGUCUACGUCUUCGGACGUCGUCUUGGUCGAGGAUUCGUCGGCGGCGGAGGAUUCGGAUAUGUCUGUGUCGGGCGAUUUCGUACCCGAUGAGUAG